AUGCAUAUAUUUAUUUCAAUAUUUCUAUUACCCAACUUUUUUAAACAUUUUUUUAAAGGACCAUAUAGUCUUAUUUGUGAAGAGGGUGAAUUAUAUAAAAAUAGACAUUCAAGAUGGUCAGUGGGAAUGUUUACAUUAAGUAAAUCAUGGCUUCUUCUAGAUACAUUUAUAUCAAUAUGUUUAAAUAAACAAUUAGAAUAUGGAUCUGUAAUACAUCAUUCAUUAGUAUUACUUCAAGUUGGUUUUACUUUUAAAAGUGCUGGUGCUUCUGUAAGAUUACCAAUUUUAUUAAAUUCAUUAAUUGGUACUGUAACAUACUUUUACUUUAUAGCAUUACAAUUAGAUGUAAAAGUUAAUUUUUUAAGAAGAUAUAUAAUUAUAGGACAAAGAUGGCAAUUUGUUAUAGGUAUUUUACUUAUUUGUAUAAUUAAAAUGUGGAAAAAUCGAGGAUAUAAUUGUGAAAUAUCAUAUUUAGCUUUAGAUUUUAAUUUGUUUAUUUACAUUAUAUUUUUUGGAUUAGCAAUUUUGAAGUCACAAUAA